AUGAAGCUAACAAGCGCACUUCUCACUUCUCUAACCAUUGCCCUGGGGGUCUCGGCCCAGGGCAAUUCCACAACGCCAGAAAAUCAGACCAUAGACGCGCUGAAUCUCACAGAAUCCGAGGCACUCGCCAGGUCCCUGACCUGGUAUCAUUUAGAUGAAGAUGACGAGCAGGAACUGUGCGGAAACACGGACGCCCAACCGGACGGGAGGGAGGACAUUCUGAAAGAGGACUGCCAGGAACUCAUCGACUUUAUGAAGACCAGGCCCGGAUACUGGAAGGUCAACGGCUACAAUUAUGACUUCGGGGUGGCCGAUCUUGUCACCCGUGGCACGUGUGAAUUCACCGUCACUCGUGAGGACGCGCUGAAUACGCACUUUGAGAUCGGCAACAUGGACGUGAUCAGUAUGGUGGAGGCGGCCAUGCGGACGACCAGAGACCCUACCCGAAUGGCAACAGUUUCCGGGUCCGUCACUUGUGCUGGCGAUUUCACGCCUCUUAUAGAGUGGAAGGUAGAUUAUCCACUGUCUGGUGCUUUUCCUUCCGUGCGUAUGAGCGCCAUGGGGUGGGUUGUGGUGGGCUUGUCGAUGUUUGCCUUCACGCUCGUGUAA